AUGUUAGACGCCGUGUGUUCCAGUUCAUCGCAAUUCCGCCUUCAAAUUACGCCACCCAACCAUCGCCACCACAACCACCGCUGCUCCCUCAAUUUUCCGAGACGCCGUAAUCUCAUUGCUUCAUCUCUUCCUCCUCCUUCUUCUAAUUACAUUUCUCAGGCUAUUUUGUCCCAGAAGUUUCCUGAUGGUUCUCCCUCCUCUGCCAACGACGCUGCUAACCCCUUCCUAUUAUUUUUACAUAUUUAUGUUGGUAUUGCAGAGCCAUUGACGUCCAGUGUUGCUUCAAAAUCUGAUGGGUCCCGUCUUCGUGUUGCCUACCAGGGGGUUAAUGGUGCAUAUAGUGAGCUGGCUGCGGAGACUGCUUAUCCAAAUUGUGAAGCAGUUCCUUGUGAUCAAUUUGACACAGCUUUUGAAGCUCUUGAGCGCUGGCUUGUUGAUCGAGCAGUUUUACCUAUUGAGAAUUCUCUUGGGGGUAGCAUCCACAGAAAUUAUGAUCUUUUGUUGAGGCACAGGUUGCAUAUAGUGGGAGAGGUGAAGCUUCCAAUUCGGCAUUGCUUGUUGGCGAACCCUGGUGUCAAGAUUGACGAAUUGAAAAGGGUGUUAAGCCAUCCCCAGGCUCUUGCUCAGUGUGAGCACACAUUAGCUAAGUUUGGAGUGACCAGAGAAGCUGUGGAUGAUACUGCUGGUGCAGCAAAGUUUGUUGCAUUCAACAAACUUAAAGAUGCAGGUGCAGUUGCAAGUGCUGCUGCUGCAAGGAUCUACGGCUUAAAUGUACUUGCUGAAGAUAUACAGGAUGAUUCUGAUAAUGUCACUAGAUUUCUAAUGUUAGCAAGGGAACCCAUAAUUCCAGGAAGUGAUAGGCCCUUUAAGACAAGCAUUGUUUUCUCGCACACAGAGGGUCCUGGUGCACUUUUUAAGGCUCUAGCUGUUUUUGCUCUGAGGCACAUUAAUCUGACAAAGAUUGAGAGUCGGCCACUGCGAAAUAGCAACAAUGGUUCUUCGAAGUGUUUUGACUAUCUUUUUUACUUGGAUUUUGAAGCAUCUAUGGCUGAUCCCAAUGCGCAAAAUGCCCUUAGGCAUCUUGGGGAAUUUGCUACUCUUUUGCGAGUUCUAGGAAGUUAUCCAGCAGACACGAGUAGGAGGUGAUUAUUGAGUUCUGGUCUUUUCAAGCUUUCUCAAUGCCAUGACAAUGAUUGCCAUUGUUGCAAUUUUGACUUCCCUGCAAAGGGACAUGAUCCUCUUCAUAUCUUAAAAGAAAUGGAGAAUCCAUUUCUCUAAAUGACGGUCGGAUGAGGAAAUAGGGCUUUUUUUAAAUAAUCUUAAGAUCGGAAGUUGAGGAAGGUGGGGGUAUAUAAUAUGCUGCGUGCUGGAGUUCAUUAAAUACACGCCUUUAGUCUGGACGUUAAACAAUACAGUAUGAAUAUGCAAUUUAUUUCACAUUUUGUGGUGGCUUCACUGGUUUUGAGAUUUCUAGUGUCCAUGAUUUCCAAUUGGUUAUAUACAUGUUUUUUAACUUA